CACGACAGUUUAUAUACCGCUUGCCUCUGGCCUCUUCUCUAGUCUUCUCCGACUUCUCAACACUCGCACUCAACGUUCAACGCUUAUACACUACAAACUUCACAAUGUCUUCACCUCCUACCAUGGAUUUUUCUGGGAAAUGCAUCAUUGUCACUGAGGGUGACCGCGGAAUUGGGCUUGUGUAUAGCAUCGCUCUCGCUAAGGCUGGUGCCCGAGUAGCAAUCAUCUACAGGAGUAACGAGGAUGCCCCUCAAGUCGCUCAAGAUCUUGAGAAGGAAUUCCGUGUCGAAGUCAAGGCUUACAAGUGUGACGUCACCAAUGCUGAGCAGACAGUUGAGAUGUUUGAGUUCAUCGCGAAAGAUCUUGGCCCCGUCACAGGUCUCAUUGCAAAUCCUAGCGUUUCUGUCGUGAAGCCUGUUCUUGCACUGACCACGGAGCACUUCAACCACGUGUAUAAUGCCAAUGUCUUCGGCGUACUCAACAGCGCCGUGGCUGCUGCAAAGCUUUGGAAAGGGAAAAACUUGGAGAACUUUUCCAUUGUGAUCUCGUCCACCACCAGCUCGCGGAUCAUUAACCAAGCUGCGACAAACGAACCCUUGACACAGGUCUUUGACAACUCCUCCAAGGCCGCUGUCUCCAGCCUUACCAAGGGGUUGGCUGCUGAGUGGGCUCAGGCUGGACAUAAUUUCAGAGUGAACGAAGUUACUCCUGGAUAUGGUUUCGCUACGCCCGAUCAGAUCGCAGACCAGGCACUUUCCCUUUUGUCUGAGAACGCCAGUUGCAUGACUGGCGGGGGGCAUCGCGUUGACGGCGCCCAGCUUAUCUGGCAAAUUCGCACGACAGAGUUGUGUGGCUGGAGCUUAAGAGGGAGUAGUUCAUUACAACGGAAUGUGUGUACUCAAUCAAUGCAUGAGAAGUGAUGGGAUUCGGGGUGAAUGGAGACAUGAUAAGGCCAGCUUAAUUUCUACAGCAGUACAAAUUCUAUUAAUCGGCCGCCUCACGCCUUCAGGUGACACACUGUUUGUCACUAUUCUGUACAGACGAAAAUAUUUGGGCGACUACACUGAAAGGGGCCAAUU